AUGGCGACCGCUCAGCGAAAGUUCCUGCUCGUCACGGUGGAUUACUUCUCGAAGUGGGUAGAGGCUAAACUGCUGGCUAAAAUAACAUACCUCCACCUCUGUGGCCUACCCCCCAAAGCAAAAGGUCAGGCGGAAGUCAUCAAUCGGGAGAUCCUCAGAGGCCUACAAGCCCAGCUCGACCACACGAGAGGCAGCUGGAUUGACGAGCUCCCCAAUGUUCUAUGGGCGCUCCGUAAGACUCUGAAGGAGACGAUUGGCGUAACACAAUUCCAUCUGGUGUAUGAUGGGGAAGCGGUGGUCCCCAUGGAGGUCAAAGUAGAAUCUGACCUAGUUCAUCUCUACGAUGAGGGGAACACCAAGUGGAGGCACAUGGAGCUCGAUUUGAUGGACGAGGCAUGGGGCAAGGCUCCCAUUCGGCUGAUGGCAUACCUGCAGCGUAUAAAGCAGAGCUACAACCAGAGGGUGAUCCUAAGAUCCUUCCAAGUCGGCGACCUGGUCUGGAAGAGAAGCAAGCCGGUCGGCGACGUCAACAAACUUGAGGCACCUUGGGUGGGACCUUACAAUGUCGUACAAAAACUCCGCUCGAGGCCUACUACCUGGAGGACAAAGACGGAAGACAGCUUGAGCGGCCGUGGAGCCCGAAUCAUCUCCAACCCUAUAGGGCUAGAUGAGAGGUGCGCGAGUGAACAUUAA